ACUGGUCACAUGACCUCCAUCUUACGUUCCUGAGUCUCUCAGUUGUUUCCGGCUGCGUCCGUGCGUGUAUGUGACAGAUUCUGCUGCUGCUGCUUUCUGCUGCUGCUGCAGGGACGCAAGGAGAGAGGCGGUUGUGCGGGGCUGCUGCUGGUGUGUAGGACAUCAUGGGAGGCGGAGAUCUGAAUUUGAAAAAAAGCUGGCACCCACAGACAUUGCGCAAUGUGGAGAAAGUGUGGAAAGCAGAGCAAAAACAUGAAGCGGAACAGAAGAAAAUUGAGGAACUACAGCGGGAGCUGCGAGAAGAGAGGGCACGGGAAGAGAUGCAGAAAUUUGCUGAGGAUACAGGAGCUGUGAAAAAAAAGGAUGAAAAAUUGGACUGGAUGUACCAAGGGCCAGGAGGCAUGGUGAACAGGGAGGAAUACCUAUUAGGUAGGCCAGUGGACAAGUUCAUCCUUGAUAAAAUGCAGGACCCUGAAACUGGGCCUUCUACGGAGACUGGACUUCUCCCAGGAUCUAUAUUUACUGCUUCUGGAGCCACUUCUUCCUUGGACAUUGCAAACAAGAUCCGUGAGGAUCCACUCUUCAUGAUCAGAAAAAGAGAAGAUGAGAAAAGACGAGAAGUGCUAAAGAAUCCUGUGAAGAUGAAGAAGAUUAGAGAACUGUUACAGACCAGCCUAGAGAAGAAAAGCAAGAAUAAGAAGAAGAAGGAAAAGAAAAAGAGAAAGAAGGAGAGGCGGUCGAGCUCCAGCAGCAGUGAAUUGGAGAGCAGCAGUGAUCAGGAUGAUAGGAGCCGUAGCAGGUCUUCUAAAUACCGUCAUGAAUCCCCAUCUACACGUGUUCGGCAGAAGGUGCCAGGCUAUGGACUCCAGGUCCGGGAUUCUAGUAAAAGCAACAAGCGAGAGGAUUCAGCAGAACAGGUCAGGCACAGGGGUCACUCGAGAAGUCCACAUCGUGACAGAAUGCAAGAAAGAUCUAGAACAGACAGCAAACAUGGGAGAAGUCCCUCACCAAAGAAAGAAGAGAAGUACAGGAGACAAAGGGUGUCUGGAUACACAAAGAAGCUCUCUGCCGAAGAGCUUGAGCUUCGCAGGUUAGAGAUGAUGGAGAAUGCCCGAAAGAGGGAGCUAGAGAGAGAAAGUAAUGUGCGCAGGUACAAAAAAGAGGAGGAGAAUGAACAAAAAAACGAUCAACAAAAAAAGGACAGCAAAUUUAUACAUCAUAUGAAGCUGGAGAGUGCAGCCUGCUCGUCAGUGGAGGACAGAGUCAAACGCAAUAUUCAUGGGAUUCAGCGCACUGCCUCAGCCCUGGACAAGAACUUCAUGAAAAGAUAACUUCAGGACUGUGUGCCAAUGUUUGUUCAUGGACUUUUAUAGCCACUUUCCCCUGUUACUUACAUGCUACUUUGUUUCAUCCUGUUUUCCAAGACUAAUACAAAUUCACAGUUUUUUUACAAAGAAA